GUCUUGUUGGAGAGUAAGAUUGAUUGACUGCGGUACUCGCUCGCUCGGUCAAGCCAGCACAAUUGUUCCAAUCCAUCCCCAUCGCCAGGCGAGGUCAAAAGAACGACCACAAAUAGACGAUGGCCUCUCCUGACAACGUUGGCUGUCAGACGCCGCUGACCAGCUCGAGCGCUGGAUUUCUACUGGAACACCAGGCCGAGCGCUAUCAGCGCAUGUUCGCUCUCUAUCGCCAUUUCGGAUUGCAGUCCAAUAUCAUAGUUGCUGCUUCGUAUUCCCAUCGAGACCUGUCCAUCGGACAUGUCGUUCGGCAGUAUCCCCAGCUGGGCAUGAUUCAUUUUGAUCGCUUAUCGGAAGAGAAAAAGCAUCAAAAUGAGCAUCUGGAGUUCGUGGAUCUUUCGAUCGAAGAUGAAGAGGCUCGCGGAUUGGGCAGCGUCAUAGAGAGAUAUCGUGGAAUGUGGUUUGAAGAAGCCUCGACCGACUCAAAGCCACCAUGGAAACUGAUCGUGAUAAACGCCCGACAUGUCCUUUUCGUAUUCGACCACUAUAUCACUGAUGGGCGAGGGGCCGUCGCUUUCCACGAAUCUCUUCUGGAUGCCCUCAAUUCAAUUGAUGAACAACCGGAUUCUAUAUCCAGUAUUGUACCGGUUUCAAUCGAUCAGCCUCUCGAAGACGACCCGACCGAGCGAUGCACGACGCGAUUCUCCCUUCUUUGGACUAUCUACAAUGCCGUCCGCUUCCACGUUCUUCGGUUUCUCUACGGCGGAGCUGAUCUUUUCUUCCACGAUGCAACAUACCCAAAGAGAGAAUUUGUGUACAGCAAGCCGAGCAGGGACUUACACUCUCCCGUCACCAGGUUAGAGUCUCUUCGACUCGAUGCUACCACCAUGCAGAAGUGCCUCCAGGCAUGUCGAAAGAACAAUACCUCGUUCACGAGUCUCCUCCACACCCUGACGAAGGUCGGUCUAGCAGUCGACAUCUACCCCAAUGCACGAUUCAGUUGGUCUCAAACGGCGAUCGACAUGCGUCGUGAACUGCAAACAUGUCGGUCUUCCCUUGAGCAGUCUCGAGCCAUGACCAAUGCCUCAAGUGCAAUGUGGAGCUUUGAUCGACUGGGACCGUUCCGUCAGGCAGGCACAGUUUCGGAACUUGCUGCGAAGGGAUCUGACUAUCCAGUGGAUGCUGGCCUCGUAUGGACAUUAGCGGCACGACACAAAGCUGACCUGGCUUACGAUCUGUCCUCCGGGAAGACAAGCGCACAGGGAUUCCAAGCGUUAAAGCUUAUAGGAGAGCAUCAGGAAGACUUUGCCUCUAAGCUCCUUCCAGGGCUAAGUCUCGUUUCGAGAAACGCGUUCUCUGUGUCUAAUUUAGGCGUCUUUUGUCCCAGGCCCGAGGGACCUUCCGCAUCACCAGAUGCACGAUGGAAGGUGUGUGGAAUGGAGUUUUCCGGAGGCGCCAUCCUUGGGGGUGUUGGGCCCGAAUUGGUGAUUAACGCAGCUGGUGUGUUGGACGGGGCUUGUGUGAUUCAUGCGGCGUAUCAGCAAGGUGUUCUCAGGGAAGACGUCGUGAAGACGCUUAUGGUGGGCAUCGAGGGUCGAUUGAAAGCUAUGAUUGAGUGA